CAGCAGCCAGUGAGGUGUCAAGUUCAAGUUCUUUUCUGCCACAAUGUUUAUUUACAUUAAACAUGGAGAUAAUAACCAGUUCCUGGUUAACACCAACUGUCCAACUGUUCUUCUCAUGAAGUACAUAAAAGUCAGGUUGGGACUUGCUGAGUCAGAGCUUAUAGACCUGUGUGAUGAACGAGGUGUGCUGAAAUUCCUCUUCCUGCCACAGAAUUCACAGGAAUCUGCUCGUGGACUGCUGAAGGCUAAAGAGUCGUUUAUUGUUUGCAUUAUUAAGCGUACAUCUGAUGGGGCUUAUACCUCUGUCACAUCACUGCUAUCCAGUGUUGACUCUGCUCUUUUAGAGACUCUGCAGACUCAGAUUGACAAUCUUGAGAAAACUCGUCUGAAGCAGCUUCAUAUUGUGGAGGCUCGUACGGCUACAUCAGAGGAAAUCAAUGCUCAAGCUUUGUCUACUAAAACCACUAAAAAGCGCAAGAAAGUAACACACGCAAAUCCCCCUGAUGAAGAAGUCCAGCGCCACACGAGGGACAGGAAGAGCAGGAACUGAACAAGCGCCCUCACAUCCGAGCAUUCAGCGGUCAUGCUCAUUCUUAAUGCUGAGUCCCAGUUUAAUUCAUUCAAAUUACAUGUUCAUCAAAAAUGCUGUAGUGUUUUUUUAAGCUAUUUAUAUUUUCACUUGUUGAUUCAGGAAAGUUGCUAUUUUAUAAUAUUACAUGAA